GGCAAAUCAAGUGUUAAAAUAUAAACAAAUAUAUUCAAUUUAUUUAAAUAUGGCAAAUGAUAGGGAAGUGCUAAGUCAAAUAUGGAAUGGACAAAUACCAAUUUGUUUCAAAUUAGAUCCUAAAGAAACUGUGGCUUUGCAGACUCCAGACAGUUUCUAUUUGAUGGUUUCUAGGUUAUCUUAUUUUCCUUUGGUUACCGAUAAGAUCAGAAAACAUUUAAUAAAAUACAUACCAAAUGAUAAACAAGAUGAAGAAUUGUGGCUCGAGAGCAAUGGAGCACCUGUACGAUGGCACUUUCCUAUAGGUUUGUUAUUUGAUUUACAUUGUGCAACAGCUGAUAGAAGUGAAGGUUCUGUGAUACCAUGGCAUCUAACCGUACAUUUUGGAAAUUUUCCAGAAAAAGUUGUAUUCAGAUGUCCCAAUAAGGAAAUAGUAGAAGCUCAUUUUAUGUCAAGUUUAAAAGAGGCAGAUGUGCUGAAGCAUAGAGGAGCUAUAGUAUCGAAUAUGCUUAAGAAAGAUCACACUCAACUGUGGUUAGGAUUAUUAAAUAAUAAAUUUGAUCAAUUUUGGGCAGUAAAUCGAAGAUUAAUGGAGACUGUACCAGAUCAAGAAGGUUUCAAACACAUUCCACUCAGAUGUUAUUCAGAGGAUGGCUCAUAUCUGCAAAGGCUCAUAACACCUUUUACAAGUGAUGGUGUUAAGAAAACAGUGCAAGAUUUUUUAAACGAAAUAAGUUUAGCCUAUGGAAAAACGGCAGUUGGUUGUCGAACUCAUGGAGUGAUGGUACCAAAUGGAACUCCCUUACAAUGGCUUUCAGAACAUAUGAGCUACCCUGAUAACUUUCUGCAUUUAUGCAUGAUUUUUGAAGAAUAAUAAUAAUAGAUAAGGUGAAAC